ACCUCGAGCCUUUAAAUUCUGUGCGAGGGAUUUUUUAGUCUCUGUACUUGUAACCGGACAAGGAGCAAUAGACAUGACAACUUACACGGACAAAGGUGAAAAGCACGACCAAGGCAGGUUCCUCUGCUUCGACCACAUCACAUUCUGGGUGGGCAAUGCCAAGCAGGCCGCAUCAUACUACUGUAACAAGAUGGGUUUCGAACCCCUGGCUUACAAGGGUCUGGAGACAGGCUGUCGGGAUGUUGUCUCACACGUAGUCAAGCAGGGAAAGAUCAUAUAUGUGUUCUCAUCACCCCUGAACCCAGGCAACAAAGAGAUGGGGGAGCACAUGAUGAAGCAUGGGGAUGGAGUGAAAGACGUGGCCUUCACCGUGGAGGACAUCGACUACCUAGUGAAGAAAGCAAUAGAGCGAGGCGCCAUCAUUGUGAAAGAGCCACAUGUGAUUGAGGACAAGUUUGGCAAAGUAAAACUUGCCGUACUGCAGACGUAUGGGGACACCACACACACGUUUGUGGAGAGGAUGGGCUACGGGGGUCUCUUCAUGCCUGGCUUUAAGGAGCCCCUCUUCCGCGACCCUCUACUGGACCAGCUGCCUCACGGGAAGCUGAACUUCAUUGACCAUGUGGUGGGGAAUCAGCCUGACGACGAGAUGGUGCCGGUGGUGGAAUGGUACCAGAGGAACCUGCUGUUCCACCGCUUCUGGUCUGUGGACGACAAGCAGCUGCAGACAGAGUUCAGUGCCCUGCGCUCCAUCGUGGUGGCCAACUACGAGGAGACCGUCAAGAUGCCCAUCAACGAGCCCGCCAUGGGCAAACGCAAGUCCCAGAUACAGGAAUAUGUGGAAUACUAUGGCGGUGCAGGAGUCCAACACAUCGCCAUGAACACCUCUGACAUCAUAGCAGCUAUCCGUAACCUGAAGGCGCGUGGCAUGGAGUUCAUGAGCGUCCCGGAGACCUACUACCAGCAGCUGAGGGAGAAACUCAAGCACUCCAAAGUCCGUGUUGCAGAGGACAUGGCUAUUCUGGAGGAGCUGAAGAUCUUGGUGGACUAUGAUGACAACGGCUACCUGCUGCAGAUCUUCACCAAGCCCGUACAGGACAGACCAACCGUCUUCCUGGAGGUCAUCCAGAGACACAACCACCAGGGCUUUGGGGCCGGAAACUUCAAGUCUCUUUUUGAGGCCAUUGAAGCAGACCAGAAUGCCAGAGGCAACCUGACAGUGCUCACUCCAAAUGGCCAGAACCAAACCCUUUGAGACGAACACAACACACAGAGAAAAAAUAUACACACACAUAAAUAACUUCACACAAGGCCUAUACUUAACAUAUAAACACACACACACACACACACACAAUAUGCACAAAUGCAUGUUCACAUGAAAGCGCAACACACACACUCAGAGAGCCAGAUACGCACAAAGGCAUGUACUCAUGCAAACUUGGAAAUGAACGCACAAACAUUUACAAGAACGCACAAGGGUGUGUACGUGUAAAAAGACGCACAAUUCAGGUACACGUAAAAACAUAAUCAUCAGGAAGACAGAAGACACACAAUCACACACAUGCUGACAAAGAAGGCCUAAAGGCAUGCACGCAUACACACAAAAAUACUGUAGGCGCAAAAAAGUAUUCACACUUGCAAAUACACACAGAUUCUAUAAACAAAAUUAACAAAUGCACAUACAGGUUGUUUUAAGACAUGACAUAUACAUGAAACACAGAUCACAAAUAAACAAACACAGAUAAAGCAUGUCGGCAUAUACAAAAAGCAUAUUUGUGAACACACAAAUGCACACACACACAAAACACAAAGACAUG